AUGUCGAAGUUGCUGGAUCUUUAUGUGGAGCACCUGCCAAUUUCGCCAUUCUUGGAUACUCUUAUUGCAGGAUUGAAGGAUCAUAACUACAACAAGAUCGCUUGUUGUCAUAUUCUACGAAAAGCCGUCCAGUUUGCACCAAUCGAAAUAGUUGAAAAAAUGUCGCAGAUAACGCCUUCGGUGAUAGAAAUAUUGACCAUGCAGGUCAAAGAAAGCUGGGUCAAACAGGAGGCCGAUAGACUGGAAGAAGUCAAAAUGAAUGUUCUCGACCUUGUCGUUGAAAUCUCCACGAUUUCCGAUAUGAGUAUGUUCAACCACCUUGCCCUACUCUUAAUUUCAUUCGCUAACUUACCCCUGGGCUAG